GUUCUAUCAAAUUCUAAGUUGUGUUUGUAAUGGACGUUUAAUUUCUUUUGCAUUGAAUCAUAAUGCUGUUUUGUCCUGCAACUGUUCAUUUUCAAUUUCGUAACUUGGUUUUGCUCGCAGUGUCCCUACCCUUGUUUGGCUUCCUGUUUGCCAUUCUGUGGUCAAUAUUAACAGCAUGGGAAAGUUCAACCCACACGCAUUGCCAUGUUGCAAACAUCCUUCCAUCAGUUUCAGCAGCGCUGGGCAAUUCUUUACAGGAGAACGUGUGGCAAUGGUGCGUUGGUCUUCAUGUCAUUCCAAGAUGUCUCAUGAUCUGGAUGUAUCACAAGUAUCUCAGCCAGAUCAUCCACCAAACACUUUGGUUGAUUGUGGGACUAUGCGGAUUGUUGCAGAGUUUGGAAAAUUUUGGAUUGUUGGGGCUAACUUUUGCGGGAUCCGAUGACAAUUACGAAAUGCACCGAAAUUUCUUCAUUUUAUUUAUUUUAUGUGCGGAAGCCUACUCAAUCAUUUUGGUAGUUUUGCUACAAGCCUAUCGCAAAUUGCCUGCAACACCGUUGGAAGAAAAGAGCCUUUUUGUAAAACGUGUUCUGAUUAUUUGUAAUGUUUUCUCCCUUUUGUGCGCCAUGUACACUUUCGCCAGACAUAACUCAUUGUGUGAACCCGGAGUUUAUUCACUUUUCGCUUUAUUCGAAUAUAUUGUAAUCCUCACCAACAUGGGCUUUCACAUGACUGCAUAUUGGGACUUUCGUCACGCAAUAAUCACCACUGGUAAGCAGCAAGUGCUAUAUUUGACUAAGCAAAGCAAGAAUGUAUACCUUCGAAAUAUACUAAUUUUGUGAAUUGUGUGUAGACCAUUGUCAAAUGAGGUUGAAGAGUCAUAUGUACUCAUGUGUUGAUAUUGUGUGACAUAUGUAUGUGUUCAGUUUAUUCCUGUUUAUUGUAUUAAAAUUUGUCCAACAAUUAACAAAGUAAAUACGUCUAUAUUUAUCCGGCCAUUAAAUAGUUUAAUAAACUGUUAUAAUAACUUGCAUUGAAAUUAAA